AUCUUGCCAGACCUCUCCAUCACACUAUAUAAAAAUCCCACCUUUUUCCCAAUUUCUCUUCAUUAGCGAAGCUGUGAUUACCGAGAAUGUGCGGAGGAGCGAUAAUCUCCGACUAUAUCCCGCCGGCGAGGUCCCGCCGGCUGGCGGCAGAGAUCCUGUGGCCGGAUCUCGAGAAGAAUAACAAGGCGAGCGGGUUUAAGAGCUGGGAGUGGGAGUUCGAUGAUGAUUUCGAAGCUGAUUUCCAGCAGUUCAUUGCUGAGCCCGAGGUGAAGGAGAAGGAGAAGAAGGCAAUGGGGAUUGGAGUAACCAAGCCAAUUUCUUCCUUCCAACUCUCUAAAGUUCCAUUCUCUCAUGAGGCAGUGGCUAUUCCUCUGAAGCCGAAAAAGUUGGAUGAACCUUUGAAGAAGCCUGCUGAAAGAAAGAGGAAGAAUCUAUACAGGGGAAUUCGUCGGCGUCCUUGGGGCAAAUGGGCAGCUGAAAUCAGAGAUCCCCGUAAGGGUUCUCGUGUCUGGCUUGGGACAUUCAAUACUGCUGAAGAAGCCGCACGGGCUUAUGAUGCAGAAGCUCGUAAAAUCCGAGGUGAUAAAGCAAAGGUUAACUUCCCUGAAGAAGCACCCCUGAGCACUGAAAAGUUCACACCAAAAGCAAUCCCAUCUCAGAUGCCAAAACUCGAUGGAUCUUUCAACUGUGUGAAGAAUCCUGUGGAUGGCUUGCACUCUACUGAAUUCUCUGACCAGAAGUACGAGGUGGCUCAAUCAGACUUCCUGAAUGCCUACUCUCUGAUGAAGCCACAAAUGAAUGUUCAGUCUGGUUUUAGUUUUGAGCAAGACAUAAAGUCCACAGAGAUAACACCAGUUUGUGCUGCUAACACAGUUAAAAGCAAUGAAUCACCGGUCUGUGAAGAUGUUAAUCCUCAUAAGAAACUGAAGAAUAAUUACGGCGAGGCGGUGCCUGCUGAAGAAAGUACUGAGCUUGAAUUCUAUAUGAAGUUCCUGCAAAUGCCUUGCAUCGACGGAAACAAGAGUGAGUCUAUCGAUAACAUUUUCAGCAACGUGGCCGCCCCUGAGUAUGGAGGAAAUGAUGUCGAUCUUUGGAACUUUGAUGACCUGCCGAUGAUAAGCAGCAUUUUCUGAAGAAUUUUACUGUCAUGCAGCUAGUGUUCUGUACAUAAAAUUAAAGUUGGUAAAACUUAAAGCUGGAGAUGUUUGAAUUAGUAUUGUUAUUGUCUUCUCAUUAUGUUGUUGUUGUUGUUGUUGUUGUUGUUGUUGUUGUAGAGACUUGUUGAAUUCAAUGAAUAGAUGGUUUUUGCUGAACUAGAUAUCAA